AUGGCCCCAGCAGCUCUCCUUGCCUCCCCAACCACCACCAGCACCACCACCCAGCCCUCCGCCCCGCGCAUCCUCGUGCCCGAGAAGCUCUCGCCGGAAGGCCUCGCCCUGCUCCGCUGCACAGGCUACCAGGUCGACACGCCGCCUGCCCCCUUCAGCCCCUCGGACCUCCUCUCCCGGAUCCCCGCCUAUCACGGGCUGAUCGUGCGGUCCGAGACCAAGGUCAGCGCCGACGUGCUCGCGGCGGGCGCCAAGCUGCGCGUGGUCGCGCGCGCCGGGGUGGGCGUCGACAACAUCGACGUCGACGCGGCCACGCGGCAGGGCGUGAUCGUGGUCAACUCGCCCAGCGGCAACAUCCUGGCGGCGGCCGAGCACACCGUCGCGCUGCUGCUGGCCGUGGCGAGGAAUGUCGGGCGGGCGGACGCCGGGAUGAAGGCCGGCAAGUGGGAGAGGGCGAAGCUCGUUGGCGUAGAGGUCGGCAGGAAGACGCUCGGGAUUGUGGGGUUUGGCAAGGUGGGCAUGCAAGUGGCGCGGAUGGCGAAGGGGUUGGGGAUGGAGGUGCGGGUGUAUGAUCCGUAUGCGUCGGCCGAGGUGGCGACGCAGAACGGGGUGGACUUGCGGGCGAGUCUGGACGAGCUGGUGGCCGAGGUGGAUUUCCUGACGGUGCACACGCCGCUGUUGGCGAGCACGGCCAAUUUGGUGGGCGAGAAGGAGCUGCGCAGGAUGAAGCGCUCGGCGCGGGUGUUGAAUGUGGCGAGGGGCGGCGUGUACAACGAGGAGGCGCUGCUGAAGGCGCUGGACGAGGGCUGGAUUGCCGGGGCCGCACUGGAUGUGUUCACGUCGGAGCCGCCCGCCGAGCGGUCCGUGGCUGCGAGACUGGCCGCCCACCCGAAGGUCCUCAGCACGCCGCAUCUCGGGGCGAGCACGGUCGAGGCCCAGGAGAAUGUCUCGAUGGACGUGUGCACUCAGGUGGUGGAGAUCCUCAGGGGCGGCCUGCCCACGGCGGCUGUCAAUGCGCCGCUGAUUCUGCCUGAGGAGUACCGUCGGUUGCAGCCGUUUGUGAGACUCAUCGAGCGCAUGGGCAGUCUCUACACCCAGCACUUUGGCGGGCGACACAGUAAGCGAGUCGGUGCACGGCGCUUUGAGCUCGUGUACCAUGGCGAACUGGCCGGCGUGAGCAACACCCGCCCGCUGUUUGCGGCGCUGGUCAAGGGCCUGGUGAGCUCCAUCAGCAGCCUCGGCGGACGCGACGUCAACAUCGUCAACGCCGCGCUCAUCGCCAAGGAGCGCGGCCUCGCCAUCGACGAGAAGCAUGUCCGCGCCGGCGGUGCGGUGCCGACGUACGCAAGCGCCGUCACCCUGCGCAGCCUGAGCACCGAGUCCGACGAGCAGGUCAUCGAGGGAUAUGUCAGUGGCAGUGCCGUGUUUAUUUCGAAGCUGGACCGCUUCACGGCGAACUUCCAGCCCGAGGGCACCCUGUUGGUGCUGCACAACUACGACGAGCCCGGCAAGAUCGGCAAUGUCGGCAUGGUGCUGGGCAAGCACGGCGUCAACAUCAAUUUCAUGCAAGUCGCUGCCUUGGAGACCGACGCCGGCCCAGCUUUGGCCCACGUCCUGGACGGCCCUGUCGGGACAGAGGCCGGCAGUGUUGCGAAGGAAGCACUCAUGAUCCUAGGUGUCGCUGGGGAUGUUACCGACGCUGUACUUAAAGAGUUGGGCAGGUCCGAGGGCAUUCUCGAUGUCAGCCUGACGCGCGCAACAUUGGAUGAGGGACCGGCAGCCGUGCCUCGUCGACCGCCCUCCGCCCGCAUGGACCUGUCGCGUAUGUCGGACGUGGAAGGAGACUCGGAACCAGCAGUGGCCGGUUGCAACCACAACAAGCGGCCUUGGUCACCGAGUCGAGGCAUCCGAUCGCCAGCUACCAGAACACGCUCGCACUCGGACGGAGGAGGCACACCGAGACUAUCGCCCUCUCCGCACAUUGCCAAGGCGGCGCGCUCCCAGUCAAAGGACGACAUUGUCAUCCGAGAUAAGGACCACGAGCACACAUUUCUGCUCCCAUCAACCCCAAUCCGCGUGGAGUUUCCUGGCCGAGGCCUCUCCUUGCAGCUGGCUCGUGACGACUCCGCAUCGCCUGCUCAGCCCAGCCACGUACGGCCUGCACCUCCGUCCCCGAAACUCGAGCAUAUCUAUGCGUCACCAACGAACAUCCUGCCGCGCCGCUCGCGGGGCUUGGAUUUCUCGCGCGCCGCGACUAGCUUGCACCACUCCACCCUCGCCGACCAGGCGUCGCCCGACGCUUCUCCCACCAUUGGCUCCCGGGCAAUGAACAUCCCCGGCCGCCGCGCUGCCGAAUACGGACCGGCCGAGCAGACGUCCACGUCGCUCUGGUCUAUGAUGGGCAACCAGGAGCGUAUGCAGAUAUCGAGCUCAGUGGGGAGCACCAGCCAUGCGAUUUCGGAUCUCUCAUCCAGCUCAGACGACGAUGACUACAUGGACGAGGAUAUGGACGACGCAUAUGUCACCACCCCACAGGUGCCGAAGACGGCUAUGUCAGGAGGUACUGCCGCGAUGGGCGCACCAUGGCCAUCUGGGUCUCCCGCCGUCAACAGCCUCCUCAGCUUCCAGCAGCGGCAACGCCAACGUAAACCGCAUAGAAGGAACGCGCGGAGACAACUGGGACUCGGUUUCCACUCCCCUGCUGCGCCGGGAAUCAUGUCGAGAUCGCCGCCCAGCAACCUCACCGGGCCAAACGAUAUGUCGCCCCACGCAAGACGCGAGAGUAUCAGCUGGGCUGCGAACCAGCUUCACAUAUCAGGCAACGAGAGCGACGACAGCCACAGCAGGCAGCAAGAAGGCCUUGAUAGUCCGCUUCGACCCAGCGUCGUUCGGCGCGCUGUCACACGGCGGGGGAAUUUACUGCCCAAAACAAAGGGAUUUGCUCGUAUCCGCGCCGCACUGGCUGAAGAGAAUGCGCCCAUCGAAGCUGAGUUCCGCCGCGAAGCCGAGGUGGUCCGCCAGGUGCGGGAAAGCGACAUGGACCUUGAACCACGACAUCCACCUCCCCAAUCGGUAGCGUCGACGGCACUGUCGAGCCCUAACCUAGGGACGCAUGACAGUCUGGAAGACAUUACCGACGAUAUGAUGAUGGACGACCCUAGUGUCAGCGCGUUGGGGCUAACGGGGACCUUCAAGCAGCAAGCCAUGAAAAACUCGAAGGGCAAGGUAUUCUGGGAUACCUUCUCGGAGACGAGCAGCACAGGGGCCGCAUCGCGCGUCACGCCUCCACCGCCACCCUUCGGCCCCGCCCGCGCCUCCUCGUCCGGCAUGUCCCUGGAAGACGUGAGCAUGGGCUCUCCCUCGGCCAGUUCUAACGGCGGCGGGGCGGCCGCCGGCCAGAGCAACAACCCCUUCUUUCUCCCCGGCGGCGGUACGCAGACUACAACGAGCAGCUCCGGGAACGGCACUCCCGGGGCCGUUCUUCCCAGCCAAAUCGGCAGCCUCAUCAACAACCAAGGCUCCAGCGCCGGCGGCCCGCCGAGCGCGGCCGAGAUUACGCGGCGCAUCAACAGCAAGCGCCGGCGCGACGACGACCUCGAUCCUGUCAGCAUCAAGCGCCGCGCCGUCAGCCCGGGCAUGAGCGUGCACAACUCGCCCGUCAUGCAAUCGCCCCUGCAACGGGACACAGCGCCGUGGGGCGGCACAGGCAGCGGCGGGGGGUCGUCCAUGUCGCGGCCGGGGAGCGUCGGUGGGGACAGUAGUAAUGGUGGUGUUGGACCAGGCAGGACAGGCGCGGGGAGUGGGAGCGGUGCCGGGAGCGAGAAUGGUAGUUCGCACGGUGGUGGCGCGAGGGUGGCGGGUGGGAAAGGGAGAGUCGGGUUACAGGGGAUGGUCGAGACUAAUGACGGUAUUACGCGGUUGAGUAUCGACUGA